AAAAGAUCUGUCUUAAAGGUUUAUCACAAGGUUUCAUCUCAAGAGAAGUGUGAACCAAGACUGCAUCAUGUUGAAGAUCUUACAGCUUCAGCUCUAUCUACUUGCAUGCUGUCAGGUUGAAGAGAUUUUAACAUAUCAGCUAACAGAUUUGGGUCAAAAUGUGACCAUAAACUGUGGUCUUGACUUAAAAGAGGUGACAUGGUUGUUACUCAAUUCACCAGAUCCUCCAGUUCUGAUAUUACACUCCUUUUCAAACCCACCAGCAACAUUUUACUUCAACAAUGGAUUCAAACAGAAAUAUUCAGUGCAGUCUAAACAUAAUCUGUUCAUAAAAGAUGUCAGUAUUGAUGAGUUAGGAGUUUAUUACUGUACGAACAUGGACAAAACUGCACAAUUCAGCAACGGCACCAGACUAGACCAGACCACACCGAUCACUGUCCCAACUCCAGUGUGUCAGAAUCACACUGUAGUAGAGCAGCCUACAGAGCCAACAUUGUGGCAGACUGCCACUGUCAUAUUUGGUCUGAUCAGUGUUUUUCUGGUAUUUGGGUUCAUAGUAUUCUUAGGCAUAUUUUUUGCUGAUUGCAGUAAAAAACACAACAACAGCGAAGAUAAGGACCUACUGCAGCCUCAAUUGGUAGAUCCUGUACAGGGUGAUCAGACAUCACUGUUUCACAAGGUGUGACCCUGUGUUUUCUGCAUUUACUGAAAUAUUUAUGUAGUUUUCAAACAGUGUAUGAGUAGCCAUUAAUUCCUGAAUUUCAUGUUACUUAAUAGCAUACUUUGUAAAAGAUUGUGUAAAUGUGUUUGUAAUGUCUUUUCAGCCAGUCAUGUUUAUUGCUAUGUUAUCACAGCAAAAAUAGAUUCAGAGCUACAGGAAAUUUACAGGAAAUUACUGUAGAACCUGGUUGCCAUGAACAGUUUCAUGUGUUUGAUGCUGCUUUUUGACAUUAUUAUAAAAGCAUGUAAGCAUUUAGUUGCAUUUUUUUUCUUUAAUGAAUAUUUUGUGCUCAGUUAAUAAUUACAGAUUUACUUUGGAAUAGUUUGCCUUAAAUAAAGU